UAUUUGACUUUGACAUCCAUUAAAAGACUAUUGAAAAAAUGGAUAAUCGUCAAAAAUUAAGCACUAUAGGGAGUCCCACCACAACUGAUACGAGUUCAAGAGUCCCUCCUAUUGAUCAAAGUGUAACAACCGAUGACCAAUGGCCAGGAGACACAAUUCAUUACUUGUCGCCUGCAACAACAGCAAGAACACUAUGCGAAGGGGACUUCGACUAUGGCCAUUUUGCGCCAAUUUUAGGAUUUGCCUUACCUACAAUAUCUAGCCCGUCAACAAUUUCCUGCGAAGAAGAAAAGUAUCAAAGAACUAUAGCUAUCAUUAAACCAGAAGCAAUGAUUUAUAAAGAUGUUGUGCUAAAGACAGUUCUUGAUAACGGGUUUACCGUGGUUGCCCAAAGAACGCUACAUUUAACACCUGAACAAGUCGCAGAAAUUUACGCUCAACAUUAUGGAUGUCCUUCAUUUCCGAACAUGGUGGUUUCGGUGAGCAUGGGACCUCUUUUAGUCUUAUCUAUGGCUAGAUUAAACGCGGUGGAAAAAUGGAAGUCGUUGGUGGGUCCUUACAAGACACUUCAAGCUGAGUGGUUUUUGCCACUUAAUGUAAAAAAACGAUUCGGCAUGCACAUAGAUAUUCCAGACGCUCUACAUGCUUCGGAAAAUCUUAAAGAUGCAAACAGGGAGACCAGAUACUUUUAUCCAAACAGUAUCUUGGAACCGAUAAUACAAGAUCAGUUUAAAGUAGAAGACUAUUGCAAUUUGUAUGUAAAUCCGACGCUGCUGAACGCUUUAACCACCCUAGUACGAAGAAAGCCUGUAGAUCCUAUAAUAUUCUUAGCAGAGUGGCUUCUAAUGAACAACCCAUUUCAACCAACUGUACCCUAUACAUAUGCAAUGGCUCCCACAUAAUAAAUACUCGUUCAAAAAUCAUGAUUUAUUGUUAAACUAAAUACAGAAAUUAUCAGUACAAUUAAUUCGUAUCACAGUUUUCCUUUCACAUUAUGGCGAUCAGAAACCAAUUUAGCGUAAGUAAAAAAUCUACAAUCCAACUGUGACUACCAACUCUCAACUUAAGUGUUCACGUUGUUUAAAACAUUUAAGUUCAAUUUUAUUAACAAAU